AUGUCAGCAUCCAACCAGUCUCAAUCCUCUAGUAGUCCUUCCAAUACCCAGCCGUGCGUCGUUGAUCCUCUCGACAUGCUCGACUUCUCAGAGUACGACGGCCUCUCAUAUCAGUCGCCGUCUGUUUCCCCAGCCAGCAGCUCGAAGCCCCAGUUCGCUCGCCAGACACCAUCAGCGCCCACCGGCGCCAUGCCUUCCGGCCCUCAGAUGCAUGGCCCCAGCCAUCGCUACGAUCAAUACAAGCAGCAGACUCCCUUCGUCCCUGGAGCUCUCGCCUCGACAAUGACCAUUAACCAGCAAGUUGGACACAUUGGAUACACAUUGGACUACGCUCAGUCGAGUCCAAACGACGACAUGUUUGACUUCAACGCCGGUCCUUCGCCAAACUUGGAAAUGGAGUUCGAGUCUCGCGAGCCCUCAUUCUACUUCCCUGGUGAUACCAUCAACCCGAACGCCAUUGCUGGCCGAGAGCAGUCGUUGCCCUCGCCCCCGGCGCUCCAGAGCAACAUUGGCCGCAUGUACCCGGGUAUGCACCAGCAACAGGCCAUUGCCAAGGCUCAGGCACAGCAGAGGCAGCAACAGCAGAUCAUCCAGCAGCAGCAGCAACAGAGGCAGCAGGCCAAGCAAAAGAGUGUUCAGCCCUCGGACCCAAUGGUGGAGCAGAAGAUCACUCAGUUGCUGAACUCGAUGAGAGCCAACCCCAAUGGCAUGGACAUGGGCGAGUCGCCAAUGGCCAACAUGCCCCGUAUCCGCAAGGAUGAGGAGGACAUGGACGAUGAUGAGCGUCUGUUGAACAGUGAGGAAGGAAAGAAGCUUAGCAGCAAGGAGCGUCGCCAGCUCCGCAACAAGGUUUCCGCCCGUGCCUUCCGUUCAAGGAGAAAGGAAUACAUCACCCAGCUGGAGUCUGAGAUUGCUACCAAGGUCACUGAGAACGGUGAUCUCCGUGCCCAGAACCGUGCUCUCCUCGAGGAGAACAAGCGCCUGUCUGACCUCACUCGCAUGCUUCUGUCUUCGCCUUCAUUCUCCAACUUUCUGGACCACCUGAGCCAGAACCCCAACCCAGCUCCUCAGCAACAGCAGCUGGCCGCUCAGAUGGCACAGAGACGGACAGAGCAGCGCCAAGUCCCCAAGGACGUCAACGCCUACGCUGCUGGACGUCAAGCUCAGCAGCAGCAAAUUGGUAUGGUUAUGAUUCCGGAGCAGACCAUGGACUUCUCCAUGCUCAACAUUGCCGAGUCAACCGAGGCUUACAACUACCAGCCUCAGGUUUUUGCCGUCCUUGAGACCCCUGAGAUGCCUGAGAUCGAUACCGCUGUCCUUUCUGGCAAGACUUCCGAUGUCUUGAGCGAGUCUGUUGACGCUACUGAGAAGGUUGAGAUCGCUCUUCCCGAGGUUCCCGUUCUCCUCGAGUCGGCCAAGACUCAGGUUCCCGAGACCCCUGUUGAGCAGGUCCAGACCGGAAAGGUUGUCGCUGACCUCGACUCUGAUAUCUUUGACGACGAGACCACUGUUUCAUCGUCUUGCCAGUCUAUUGUUGAUGCCCUUUCCACCAUUGUGAUCCCGUCUGAGAAGGCAUCCGUGUUUGAGCUUGUUGAUGCUUCGCAAGAAGAGGCUGUCGCGGCAAGGGCUCUGGCUCGCGUCUCGAGGCUUACUUCCAGCAUAGAGGCUACCAUGUCGAGGCUGGAGCGUCUCACAGCCGACCUAUAA